CUGUGUUCACCUCGAACUGUGCCUCCUUGAAAAUGUCUGGAUUGACAAUCUACCUGGCAUGAUUUAACCUUGUGUCCCAAGAUGCAGCCAUUCACAACUCUGAUGUGGCUUUUCCUUCUAUGGCCGAGGGCCACCAUGAGUCAAACCGGUGUCCGAAACUAUUCCACCGAACUUGUACCUAUCUAUCAGCCAUAUCUAUCGACUCUGAAAUCAAGCACUGCCAAGUUCAACCCGAAUAUGGGGGGAUUAGACUGGAAUAUGUGCUGCAGUCUGGUCGUCAACGAAAGCCUUAUGGUUGAAAAUGACAGACUUUAUAUCCGCCCAGGGCAGACAUUCUUUACUGGCACGAUUGAAACACUGGAGGAAUUCCCAAGAUAUCCUUGUGGCGCGACAUAUAAUGGGACACUUAACGCGCCUCAUCAAGAAUUCUGGGUUCCAUACUCGUGGUGCUACACACAUUGCCCUGGAUGGCCCGUGAUAAGUUCAUACGACUUUGAUAAAUGGCUAAAGCCUAUGAUUGCAUUCAUACUUCCGUCUCUUAUAUUCUGCCUUAAUAUCCCUCGACGCCGCCGCCUCGAUCUUCCCGUCGGACUGUUUUCCAACAAAUCUAUCUCCAUAUCGAACAUUCCCCUUAUUGCCUUGAAAAUACCCCUAGCUGCAGUGAUUAUCACUUUUGAUGUUCUCAUAUGGACAUGCGUGGUAUUCUCUGUGGCGGGUCCAAUGCUAACCUCUGGUACUUAUGAAGCACUCAUUGACGCCCGGGUACUCUCCUAUCUGGAAGGUCGAACCAACGAGAACUCCCUUACCGUCCAGCAGAGAGCACACACACUUCUCUCAAUUCUGAUAGGCAACCUCGAUGUUGAUGCUUGGCAAUCAAGUAACCUGUUCGUCCAAGGCCUACCUCGAAAUACCACCCGGAGAUCCAACGACGUACAGAAACGGAGAAGAGUCGUUAUUGUCAAACAUAAAUUAAGGGCAAUGCUAGACUCUCAACUCAGUUUCGGCAGUUCGGUCGGGGCGCCUGUUAUGUUUUACAUUGCAUCCUACAUCUGGUCUGUCUACGAAGUUCGUGCGGAAUUAGGAUCCUACAUUACAGCACAUCAGCUUGCGGCCAGUAUGUUCUGGAUGACAAUACCACACGUUGCACUUAUCAGCUGCCUUCUCCUUGCGGGAAACAACCCGUACAUAUGGCAAAAUACCAUCGCCGAAAGCUUGCUCUUACACGAUAGGCUGCCGUCGACAAACUCGGAAGGGAUUCUCUUACUUAGUCCAAACUCCAACAAUGGAACUAACGGGGGAGAUAUCACGAGCGAUUCUAGCAAUGGUCUACAUAGGUUGAGGUCCAUUCCAAGAUUUAUAUCCCACCUUUUCAGCCAUAUGUUCACAUUAGCUUUCGAAAAGACGCCAUUCAAGCCCGCGUGGAUGUGGAACAGAGGAUCAAACAAAGCCAAAUGGAUUGCAAACAUUGGAGACUUUUACCCGCAACUUCGGAACAUGCGUGAACAGGUUCUUGACAACCACUUCGCAGAAGACCUAUGGAUCUCUAGUCUCUAUUCGUUUCCCCUUUACUCCCUACCAAUAACCUUCGCCCUUUUUGUCAGUUACAAUACGCCACGAACAGGUUUCGGUUGCCGUACAAUUAUCUUGCUCAUCUAUGGGGUCGCACAAUUGCUUCUUCAAAUACUGUGGGCGACGCGUUGGUACAUCCACCAUCACCCCAGACCAAAGACACUCCAUCAUUUUUGGCAUGUGCUGUCGGAGUCAAAGUGUUUCGCUUAUACUUGGUCUUGCUUCUUUGCACUCUGUACGGCGCUCAGCGCGCUGACUAGCAUCGGAGGAACGAUCGCUGCCUUGACGAACGUUCUAACCAACUGCUUUUGCGCACUCCCUGCCACGUAUUGGUGGGAUCGAUGGACAAAUCCUGACGCUCUCAUGUUCUUCGGCGAUAAUACCUACGAGCAACUUUAUUAUGCGCGACAAUGGUGGGUUCCAACUGGUGUUGUCGGCGUCGCGCUCAUGACUGUCGUGACGUAUAUUGGAUGGUGGUAUCAACGAAGCUUGCGUUACCGCUUUGAUCACUUGAUAGAGAAGAUUGACCACGUCAAUUACACAGCUACUGCCUAACAUACACUGGAGAGAGCUAAUACACAGUCAAUCAUUCACUACUUGGCGUAUCUACCUCACGGUAUGUUGCAGGUGCCUCAGGCACCCUUAGGCUCCAUAUGGCCCUUAUGGCCAUAUAUUGGCACUCCGCCAUCCGUAGUUGGGAAUAAAGCAAGCUUUCUUCCUUUCCUCUUUCUUCUUCUUGGUUGCAGAUGUACUGCAACACGGUAUAAUCUCACACAUUCCGUUUGUGUGGAUCAAUAGACUACGCGCAAGACAACAACGCGAUCAAAUUGUGAGUCCACCCCUAUCCGCAG